AAAUUGCCAUCUUUGAUGUGUGAUUGAAGUUAAUUAAUCAUUUGUUUGUAUAUCAACUCAAAUUAAAGAUGUCUAAAUCAGCUUGAACAUAGAAGAGAAAGAAAUAGGAGUAGAUAAGAAAAAAAGUUGCUUUCUAACUUACCGAGAUCGGUCGGUGGAGUAAGGACAAAGGAUUUGAACUUCGAGAUGAAAAGGAUCCCUUAAGAAGACCACCUGUUCAGGAUGCUUGUAUGCUUUGAAGGCGAUUAUGACAUCGAUACAGCCUGGUCGAUGCCAAUCGACAAUGGCAUCCAACAUAGAGCAUUUUGGCAAUGUUGUAACCCUGAAAAACAAGUCUGGUAUUUGCUCAACAAUUUCUAAUAAUUCUUCCUUUUACUGAGAACUGAAUUAACUGACUUGUGGAAAUCUGAAGGUCAUGAUGAUAAUAUGUUGCACUACCAAACAACUUUUUUCAGCUAAUGAGUCAAAUGCACAGCAAUAAAUCAUGCUUCCCUCCACAGGGUCCAUCACAUGCCAUUCUUCUGGUCUUUCUACACAAAGAGAUGGGGACGGAAUUGGCCACACCUCCACCUUCAUCCAUGUUCAAAAUUGUGCCCAACUCAACCACCACUUCUCCAGACACAGACACCGUUACAUAGAGCAAAAAGCCAAAAAAAAAAAGUGACCCCCCAAAAUCCUUAUUAGCUGUGAGAUUCUCUCAGGCAUUUCCUCAAGCAUUUACCAGUCACAUCCCCCUUCCUAUAAAAUCCCUCGGGCAUUUGCACAAACACAUUGAUUCUGUCAGGCAUUUAGACGAACACUUCCAGUUGCUGAGUUGCAGGCUACCUUAUCGACAAUUCUUUCAGGGGAUUCAUCGAACACUUGUCACGCACUCUUGCCAUGGGCUUCCCCACCGGCUAUCCCGAGCUCCCUAAGCUGCUCCUCCACCUGCUGUUCCUAUUGGGCCACCUGCGGAAGCUCCUCAACUGGAUCUCCCGCUGCCUCGGCCUCUCGGAGUCCGACGCCGACCUGCACCAGGCGGCGGGCAUCUGCUUACUCCUCCCUGUGGUACCGGCGGAGCUGAUCCAGGAGGUCUCCCCAGCGACCCGGUUCGGGGACCUGGCGGGAGGCGAGAGCUGCUGCUGCGCGGUGUGCCUGUCCGAGUUCGAGCCCGCGGACGAGGUCAGGCGGAUGAGCGACUGCCGCCACGUCUUCCACCGCCACUGCGUCGACCGGUGGCUCGAGCACGGGCAGAGCACCUGCCCCCUUUGCCGCGCCCCGCUGUUCCCACCCGAACCGCCCGCCGCCGACGACGACGACGAAGACUCCCCCUGCUCCCUCCCGCUGCCGCUAGGGUUGCCCUCGCCCUAGAAACCUCGGGUGGCGAAGCGAUUCCUGAGACGCACUCGGUCAUGCCUGCUCUUUUCUGGAGGAGAGGAGCGAUGGAGAUGGAUUGAAAUUGGGGAUUUUGGUUAUGGAGAUCGAGGGAGGAGUCAGCUAUCAGAUCGUCGAUCGAGGGGGGAUCAGUUUCAAUGUCUGGUCGAAUCAUUGAAUCCUACGCCCAGUUUCUUCUCCGGACUUACCAGCAAAAAUUUUUAUUGCUGAAUGUUUGUGAACUCCAAAAUAUUCUGAAACAAAGCUUUUUUUUUUUUUGCCCCCUCUUUCAGAAUAAACAGAGCUUGUUUUAGAAAGAAUUUAUAACUCAUGUUAGAAUGUGUUAGGUUUGAUGAAUUUGUUAUGAAAUCUUAAUUUUCAUUAUUUUUUUAA